CGUUGCUACCUCAGCGUAAACUCCUCAUGUGUCUCAAAUCUUCCAAAUCAAUCGAUUCCGGAGAUUUUUCUAGAAUUGGUAUCCUUCAAAAGUCUGUCCAAAUUGCCAGCCAGCAUGGACAACAUUGUGCUGGGUCAUUAUCCGGCCAUCACUGGUAGUGAUUUUGAAGGAGAGGCCUUGGCCGUUAAGGUAGGAAUUGCACUGCAAGUUUUGGCCCCAGUUCCUGGAUGCCACCCUGUUCGAGAUCCCUUGAUGGACACCGCCGUGAUAUCUCCUACUCCGCCCACAUUGGUUAUCAGCACCAGGGAAAACACUCCGAUGCUCAAGUCAGCAAUACUCAAUAUUCUAGAGAGAGAUGCUCUCAAGGAAAUUCUCUCCAGCGAAACGCUCCAGCUUGAAGACUCAUUACGCCGAAUCAACUUCGCAAUACUUUCAGGUAAAAUGGUUUCAUUGAGAGAACUUACAGGGCAACGAGGUAACCAGGGCAGAGAGGGAGAAGAGGAAGGGAUUUUGUCAGUGGAGCCUAUCACGAUGAUAGUGCCGCUUGAGUUGCAGGACUCGCCGAAAACGAUGGCGCCUGAGAGAAGCACCAGUUCGAGUGCGAGGGAUGAUGGUGGCGACCAUGCUACUACGUCAUCUAGCAGCUCGUCUACUGAAGAGACACCCAGCCGUGAAGAAGGAAUGGGGGAUGUGGUGAGCAGUGUCUCAGAUCGACCGGUGAUUGGGGAAUGGGAAGGCGUGACAAUCCCGGGUAGGUUGAGUAGCCUACGAAAAGCACCGAAGGACCUGCCCGCUAGAUUCAUGUUCAAGGCUGUACUUCAUCACGAAGUAGCAGAUUGUGCGCCCUCCAUAAGUGGGUAUAAACGACUGGAAGAGAUGGUGAUGGCGUACCACAUCCCCAAGACCAUAUUGCUGCGGACUGGCGGGCAGAACGAAAGGGCGUGCACAGUGUCGCAAACGGGCUGGAUCCCCGUAUAUGUGGACCACUUUGAUGCCGGCCUGCGGUUUCCCCUGCCCGGAUUGCGAUUAGAGGUACCUGCCAAGGCGAUCGUGUUCAAGUCGCUGUUUCAAUGCCGGCUGUGUCCUAACUCCCGAGGCGCGAAGUGGUACUACCUCUCCGGGAGAGACAAAAGCCAGUUGUUCAAGAAUGUCCGGAAUAAAGUGGCGAGGUGGAAGAGGCAAUUCAUAUUUGUUCGCGGCACGCGAACAGAGAGGAUAAGCAACGACCUCGCUGCCCGGCUGGAGGGUCUGAUAGAUCUAGAAGCCCUGGUUACCUCGGAGCAGCUCACCGUGUUCGGGUUUGUCGACGUGGCAAACCUGUUCACAGAAGGAGAAAUGAGCAGCAUCUUGAAGCGCCAACGUCAGCGAGCCCAGAGCUCACGAGGCCGCGGGGCGAGCAGCGGGCAACAAAGGCAAACGCGGUUCGACGAGCGGCCACCACCAGCGCCUCUAUCACGCAGCUCGCGUGCACGGGAGGGGACCGAGAGCGAGGAAGAUGAGAUUCCCCUUGCUCGGCGCAGAAUAAGCGGGGGAAUUCAGCCUGUGCAGGUGGCCCAUCCUGCAACGGUGCGUUCACCUACUGCACCGCCAGCCAUUGCGCGGGCAGUAGCAGAGCCCAUCUCUGCUUCAGCUUCAACGUCGGGCCCCAGGAUCGCUUAUCCUGAGGGCUUUUCUUAUGUGCGGGCGGAGUGCCAACCCGCCAUGGUUCAAGCUAUGCACAACUUCGUGCCCCCGUCGGAUAGUCGGCGGGCUAAGGCUUUUGUGCAGCAGCAUGGCGGCCAGGUCGCCAUGAUCAAAUUGAUGGAUGCAUUCAGCUACGUUGUAGCGCUUUACGAGAGCGAGCAGGAGGCUCGUACGCAGAACAGCGAGCUCGGUUCAAAAUGCAAACAACUGGCUGCUGAGAAGGCUAGCCUUGUGGACUAUGUGAAUCAUCUGCAAGGCUCUGAAAUGGCGAACCGGGCAGCGGCUGCAGAGAGCCGAGCGGCGAAGGACAAGGCCGCCAGGGUUGAGGAAAGCGCAAAGAAGGCUAAGGCCGACAGGGACCGCGCUCAGCACGAGCUGAGCUCCCUUAGGCGCCAGGUCGCCGAGGCGGAUAGAAACCUUGCUGCUGCCGGGGAAGCGCUGAACGAGCUGAAGGCUUCCCAUGCACGUUCUGUCAGCGUCGCCCGGGCUCAAGGGGCGGAAUGGUUUGUUGGCUCGGCUGCGUUUCAGGACGCCGUGGUGGUGGUGGCGUCUGCAAAUGUAACCACGGAGAUCUACAACGAGAUCCGUGGGAAGUGGGACCUCAAAGAGGAGGGAGUGCCUGUUUGGCCUCCUCAGGUCCUUGAGGACGGGGAGGAUCCAACGGGGCUGCCCUCCUUUGACGCAUGGGUAGAGGGUGCUCCUGUAGCUGAACAGGAGCCUUCAACCACCCUGCCUAACUCUCAGCCCACCGUGGUGCCAGUCAGCUCGCCAGUCAGCGCACCAGUCUUUGUGGCCGCUGCUCGGUCUCCUCCUGCUCGCUCUCCUGCAACUGCUGCUGAUGCAUCCAUGCCCGUCGAUCUGACGGAUGACUAGAUUUAGGGUUUUUCUUUUGUUCUUUUGUAUUUCACUUUUGCAUUUUUGUAUUUGAUCAAUGUAAUACAUAAGUACCUUCAAU